GCGAUCACCGGACCGGCCGGCGGCGGAGACCAUGAAGGGGAGGUCGCUGUUCAAGAGCCCUCUCCCCCGCAGCUACCUCUCCGACACCUCCAGCGCCUCGUCGUCGUCGGCCGCCGUCGCCACCCACCGCGUCUACCAAGUCUGGAGAGGAAAGAAUAGAUUCCUCUGCGGCGGCCGGCUCAUCUUCGGCCCGGACGCCAGCUCCAUCGUGCUCACGGCGGCGCUCAUCAUGACGCCGCUCGCGCUCUUCGUCGCCUUCGUCUCGUUCCGCGUCGCUGACCUCAUCGGCAAGCCGCUCGGCACCGCCGUCCCGGCGACCGCCAUGGCCGUCGGCGUAUUCGACGUGGUGGUGCUGGUGCUGACCUCCGGGCGGGACCCCGGCAUCAUCCCCCGGAGCGCGCGGCCGCCGGAGCCCGACGACGGCGACAGCACGGCCUCCCCCGCCGGCGGCGGCGCGCCGUCGUGGUCGCUCCCGCCGACGCGCGACGUGUACGUGAACGGCAUGGUGGUCAAGGUCAAGUACUGCCACACGUGCAUGCUCUACCGGCCGCCGCGCUGCUCCCACUGCUCCGUCUGCAACAACUGCGUCGACCGCUUCGACCACCACUGCCCCUGGGUCGGCCAGUGCAUCGGCCGCCGGAACUACCGCUUCUUCUUCCUCUUCAUCUCCUCCACCACGUUCCUGUGCCUCUACGUGUUCGGCUUCUCCUGGGUGAACCUGCUGCUCAUCUCGCGGCGGUACGGCGUGGGGCUCGGCGGCGCCGUCGCGGAGUACUCGCCGGUGUCGGGCUUCCUCAUCGCCUACACCUUCGUCACCGCGUGGUUCGUCGGCGGGCUCACGGCGUUCCACUCGUACCUCGUCUGCACCAACCAGACCACGUACGAGAACUUCCGGUACCGGUACGAGGGGAAGGCCAACCCCUUCAACCGCGGCGCCGCCGCCAACGUCGCCGAGAUCUUCUUCUCGCCGAUCCCGCCGUCGAGGAACGACUUCCGGGCCAAGGUCUCCCCGGCCGACCCCGACGCCGCCGCGCUCUACUACCUCGGCCCGCUCUCGUCCGAGUCGCGGAUCAGCUUCUACACCCGGGCCAGCCUCAGCUUCGACAUGGCCAAGGCCAGCUUCGACCUCGGCUACUCCGCCAAGCGCACCAGCGUCGCGUCGUCCUCCGACUUCGGCGACAUCUACGGCGGCGGCGAAGGCAGCCACGUCUCGACGGCGGCGCACCAGCAGCAGCCGCGGCACUCCAUCUUCGGCGGCCCGGGCAGGGAGCCCAAGAAGGUGGAGGAGGAGGCCGACGCGGUCACGGCGGAGCUCGGGGCGACCAUGCAGCAGUACGCCGGCGCCGGCCGGCCGCGCGGGUGGGAGUUCGAGGCGGUGUGAUCGAUCAGCUAGCGCUGCGGACAUGGCCGAUCGAGAAGGGAGGGGAUCGAUCGAAGGAGCAAACGCCGCCGUUCUUGCGAACGCGAUUUGCUUGCGCUUGUUUUUUUUCGUGUGAUGUGUACGUCCGUGUUUGUAUAUGUAGAAUUCUUCUACUUGCUUCCUGCUGGUACACCGUAGUUGGUUCAAGGCGUCAUGUAUGUAUAUAUAGUUGUAUACAUGUAUAUAUGUAUAUAUAGGCUGCCUAUGCACAUACAUGCA